UCUGCAGCUGCAAGCCAUCUGCUUCAAGUUUUGAUGUUGUGUGUUCAGACAUGCUCUUUUGCAUAUCUUGGUCAUAAAGGAUGGUUAUUUCACUUACUAGUCUAGUCAAACUGUUCAAAGUUAUGAAGAAAUCUUAGUAGAUCAUCAGUUUAUGAAAUGCUCAGACCAGCCUGUCUGGCACCAGUAACCAUGCCAUGCUCAGUGUCACUUAUAACACCUUUAUUUCCCUUUCUGGUGCAGUUUGAAUUUCACAAGGUUUCCAUGACACUGGCUACAUGCCUGAAUGUAUUGAGUUGCUCUCCUAUAAUCGGCUCAUUAGAUAAUCUUCUUAAGCUGAACAAGUAUAAAGUAUUUUUUCUGACAUUUUUGUCUUGUAAAUGUACCUUUUUUUCCCAUAAUCCACACAAUUUCGAGUUUUUGCUUUAAGUGAUCUGAAUACUUUUAAAAUCUUUUAUCAUGCCUAUGGGGAUCGAUUCGUUUUGGAGCAAAUUUCAGCUUAGUCUAUAUCUUAAUUAACAAAUAUGAAACUGUGUAAGUGAAGCAGACUACUGUUGAUCCGAAUUAAACUCAACAUUUCCAAUAUCAGGUUUAACAUUUUGGUAGAUUGAAACAUUUCAUUUAUUAAGAGGCUUUUACUUUAAAACAAUUAUACAGUAGGAAUACAAUGUGAAAAACAAAAAAGAGAAAAUGAAAGAGAACGCUCAGAAGAGAGUCAUUCUUUGUAUUUAUGUCACUGUUGUUACAAUGAGGUUUUAGUUUUGGGACAACCCCACACAGGCUGUGUGCAUCACUGCUGAAAAUCUUCAAUGAGGAAGCUUGCACUUCCUGAUUUUCGAAGCAGGUGUCAAGAUGGCACGUAUUUUAUUUUGGGGAGUUCUUUUGCUGCUUUCAUUUGAAAUACAAGGGCUCCAACAUGUGUUUCUCCUCCGUGGAAAGGACUUACACCUGGAUAUAAAUAAAUCUGUUGUACUAGACAAAAAAACUGAUUUGUUCUGGAAAUUUAAUGAAACUAACAAUGUAGCUAAAUAUGGUUUUAAUAAUGAUCCAAUAGUGUAUGACAAAUAUGAAGGAAGGGCUGAGCUUUUUGGACAAAAUUACUCUUUGCUAUUAAAGAAUGUAAAAAGCAACGACACUGGCGAUUAUACUGCAGUUUUAACUGGUGCACAAGACUUAAGGGUAGCUGAAUACAAGGUCAUAGUCCAAGAUCCAGUGUCUCCAGCUAACCUGAGAGUGGUCUCUGUGCCCAGCUCAGACUCUUGUAACCUGACUGUGACCUGCAGCACAGUGGAUUCUCAAAUCAGCAAGACUUUUAGAUGUGAUACCCAGAACUGCUCUCAGGUGGAUGAAAAUAGUUUGAAGAAGACAAAUGAUUAUUCGUCUUUAAUUGUCUACCUGCACAGAGACCUCAUCAUCUGUAAUCACAGCAACAACGUGAGCUGGAAACAGAGUACAAUGAAUAAUCCCUACUGUGAGAAAAAGACAGUUUCCAGUGCACCCAUCAUUAUCGCAGCUGCUUGUGGCCUCUGUGUUUUCGUUUUCAUCAUUAUUUUCAUCAUUUGCAUUGUCAGAAAAUGUAAAAGAAGGAACCAGGAAAAUCAACUGUAUGAGGCUGCUCAAGAAUAUCCUCCAGGCCAAACUCGAAAUGAGAAUGUUCCAGGAGAUGCCUCGAGUCUUUCUCCAACAUCUACUUAUGCCCUGGUGGAGUUUCACCCUAAAACAGAAUCCACUAAGUCCAAAAAAAAUCCACAGCCAGAGACGGUGUAUGCUCAGGUUACCAGAGCUACCAGGCCCAGAGUCACUGCCCAACAAACAGAGCUGGAGAACAUCAGUAGUACAAAUUCACAAGGCUAAACACAUAUGAACUCUGAACACUUGAACCCUGUUUCAGCUCAGGUUUUCUAAAAUGUUGGAUCAACUUUGUCACCUGUUUAAAACACAAAUGAACUGAAUAUUUUCUUAAUGUUUUCAAACAGUAUCCCUUUUUUGUAGUAAUAUUUUUGUGUUUUAGAUGGUGAUGGCUUACCGUGAAGUUCACUAUUUUGUUUAUAGAGCUAUAAAUCUCUUUUUCUUGUUUUUUGCAGCCUUCCUGAAUAAUAUAGUGCACGUAAUCUUUAUCAAUAAUUAUUGUUAUUCUUUAUAUGUAUUGCAGGCUAUAAAGAAUACUUAAAGUUAAUACAUUUCAAGUUUUCUUUUUAUACAGUGGCUUGCAAAAGUAUUCGGCCCCGUUGAACUUUUCCACAUUUUGUCACA